GAUUUUUUCCCCAAGACUGAAAUUUCCAGAAUUUGACGGAGGGCCGGCCCCUGAUUGGUUGGCGCAAUUCAAUAUGUCAAAUAUGGCGGCCAAGCCAAAGUUUUCAAGUACUCCCGCUUCGGUUAUUUACGCUCAAAGUUGGCCAGUUCCUUCGACUAAGUCUUUUUCUCAACGUUACCCAGUUAAGGCUAACAGGUGAAGGGUUAUAUUAAAUUUAUAUUUGCUAAUUAAAGACAGGUGAUAUUUUUGCAUUAAAAUUAAAAGCCGGCAGCUGGUAGAUUUGACUUUAUAAUUGACAUAAACAAACUUUAUACAAGCCGGCUUAACAAACAGUUAAAUCAUCUUUUCAUCCUUAGCAACAGUCAGACGAAAAGCCUCGAUAAUUCGCCGUGGAUUUGUAAGCCGAAGCGACAAGUAAAAAGACCUCAAAAGGUUGCUAGCCCUGCAAUACAUCAGGUAUAGAAUAAAUUGACUUGCAGACAUUCAAAUCUUUUUAUAUUUUAAUCAGUAUUUAUAUAUAAUCUUUGAUAGACUUACUGUAUGUAUGACUAUGUAGUAUAGAAUGUAUUUAAUAUAUAAUUUUAAAAUUGAAAAGCAUAGUUAUAUUUGUCGUAAAUAUGAAGUAAAACCAUGGUUACAGAAAGUUCAAUAAAUAUUUCACUGCAGUGGAAAUCCGAUACAAAUCUAAAACAAAAUUUUCAAAAUCCUAUAACUUGCACCCUGAAGGUCCAAACAUGAAAUCUUCAGUAUAGAUAAAUUUGAGCAUGAAGAUUUUAUGGGGUCCAUUUGACCAAACAUGAAGAUGAAAAACGAUAAAAACUUGGACAGGAAAUUAUGUGAUGAUCAUGCGUGGGCCCAGGCCAGAUCUGCACUGUGCCACAGAGUAGAGACAUACAGAGACAUAACUAGUGUACCCACUUUUUUUGUGUGCAAGUUACUAGAUGCAUGCAUCUGAUUGGAUGACGACUCACUUUAAACUUGCUGAGCAUGCACAGUUGAUCAUUUUUUGCCUGGUCGCCUGAAAAAAGUGGGUACAUGAAAACGUAAACUUCUGUAGUGUUUACAACGGUAAAUUACGUCUCUGUAUGUCUCUACUCUGUGACUGUGCACAGAAGAUCUUCCGCGCGCAUUUUUGAUGCUUUCUAUACAGGGUGUCCCAAAAAAAAGUGACACUAUAGAAAUUAUCUCAUUGUUCUUAAGCCGCUCUUAAAUGCGCUUUACACGCCUGGGAAUUUAAUGAACUUGUAUUUACAUUUAAGCAUUUUAAAAUGUUUUCGCUUUGUCCAAAUAUUUUAACGCCCAAGUCAAGCAAAACGAUUACACUAAUAAACGGUUUGCUUUUUUAUUUUAAAUUCCAGAAGCAGAAGUUUAUGCACCUGUGGGAUCAACUUAGUGCUAGGGCAUUCAAAUUAUAACAAUAGGAUAAUUUCUAUAUAGUGUCACUUUUUUUGGGACACCCUGUAUAUUUACUAUUAAAUUUUUGAAAUCUCCAGCGCGCAAUUUCCCAAUCUCGUUCCCCGAGCCUGCGAUCCUCGGCAAGGAACGCGAGGCUCUGGGAUAAUCCGUUGCCGGAAGCCAGGAAUCCUGGCUAAGAUUGAACUACGCAUUCAUUUCAACGGCCAAUCAGAUUCCUCCCUGAAACGGAUUAUCCCAGAGCCUCACGUUCCUUCCUGAGGAUCGCAAGCUCAGGGAAUGAGAUUGGCAAUUUCCAAACUUUCCAGUCUGGGGCCCAGGCCUGGUGCUAAAGGGGGGGGGGGGGUUAUAACACACCUCCAAACAGCAGGUAGUUGGAAAAAUAUUGAAUCCCAGUCAGCAAAACAUGGAUUUGGAUAGGAAGAGAAAAGAAAUAAUGUGACAUUGCUAUGAGGCAGGGGCGGCGGAACGGAUUUCAGUUUGGGGGGGCUAAAUUUUACGUGACCUCCCCCCCCUGUCGCCAAAAAAAUUUCGGUCAGUGUACCAUUUUAGGGGUGGAAAAAUUUUUCCGGACAUAUACAGGAAAAGGGAUGAAAAAAAUUUUUAAACAAAAUAUCCCAAAUUUUUCCCAUUAUACCUAAAUUUUCAAAAAAUAACCUACAUUUUUCCUUAAUUAUCAAAAUUUUUCCAGAGAAAACAAAAUUUUCUGGGGGCCCACUUUUACUUUUGGGGGGGCUUUAGCCCCCCUGUUCCGCCGCCACUGCUAUGAGGUGGAGAAAUUUACCAAAAAAUAUGGGGAAAAUGGAACGAAGAACGAUGGUUAUUAAACACAAAAUAAUAUUGAGAAAUAUGUUCUCUGAAAAAAUUUUUUUUGAUGGUGGUAUUUGGUAGUAUUUUAUAAAAUGAAUUAAAAAGACUAAAAUACUUUGACAUUUUGACCUUUUUUUAAUAAUGACCUUUCUGAGUUCUUAGAUUCUGGAUAAUUCAUAUACUACUAAGUUGUAUUCAAUGCUUAUACAACCAUUAUUUUCUUGUUUAGUCCCCCUCAUGGGCAAGUUCUAUGUUGAGCAGCAACUAUCCAGGAUGGCUUGAAAGUGAUGGCCAUGUUGUACUUGGUAAGCCUGGAAGUUUUGUUUGAUUCACUUUAUAUAUAUUGAAUGAUGUGAUGAGUAUAUGUGAGCUCACUGCCAGUUUUGCGAGCCAGCUAGUUACAGUGACUCCUUGACAAUUUAAUAGCUAAGUGUAUGUUUUAAUUUACUGUAAUUGCAGAUAUGGCCAAAGAAUUCAAAAUGACAUUGGUAAGACAAUCAUAAAAUUAUUGGAUCCAUCAAGAGCCUGGGACCAAAUGUGGCUAUAUUAGACUUGAAAUUAAAUAUUGUGUGAUAUUUCAGAAUCACUUUGUAUUAACUAUUUUACAAUUUCUUUUAUGUUUUCAACGUUUUUAGCAAAUGUUUAAAAAGCUAACAGAUCAGGUUAAAGAAGUUGAUGAACAACUAAACUCUUGUAGAAAACCUUACUCAUUCAAGGUAUAGUAAAACAAAAUUUGAAGAAAAAAAAAGGGAAAGACUCAAAUUAUGUUUUUCUAAGUAUUUUUGGAAUGGGUUCUGACUUGAUGAUCUGUAUAUUCUGGGGUUAUUGUUCUGGCUGGAACUAAUGAAAAAUGCAUGGCUGGAAUUGAAACAAAAGAUAGAAAUUUUGUUUUUUUCUUUCAGCAUUACUUCAGCAACAAAAAUCGUUACAACACCAGAAGGACCAAUAUGAGAUCGUACACACCAGAGAUACCAAUGACCAAUGAGGAAUAUCAGCCCUGUAACAACUUGGGUUUCAAGAGAGAACAACAGCGACCACCCAGUCAAUUUGGAAUGUACAGGUAUAUUUAACCCUUUGAGUGGCAGCGCUCUCCCCUUGAUGAGUAAACUCAUCUGAUGUUAGACAGAGUAAAAUAAUAAAGUACCAUAAGUGCAUCAGGGUGCAGUGCACUAAUGUAGCUUAUUGAGUUAAACUGAAAAUUUCCAUGAUAAUUUGAAAGAGGCAUUACAAUUAUUAUUAUUUGGUUAAUUAAUAUUUUAUAAUAUAUUUCUUUUAGGAAAGCGGAUAAGCCAUACACCAAUACUUCCAAUUCAAAGCAUGAAAUCUGGCCUUCGCCAAACACAGGAAAACUGAAACCGCCCGAAUGGCAAGUAGAAGAAUCCCUUGUUAACGAGAAUGAUGAUAAUCAUACUCCUGGAUUUCAAAAUGAGCAUUUCCGAAACGAAGCCAGCAUAGAUUUGGACUUUAACGAUGGAGACAUUUUUUGGUCUGGUUGCCUUGAAUUCAGUGACGAAGACAACCAUGCAGGGUUGGGGUACAUUGAUCCGGUUCCUGAAGAUUGGGAAGUGAGGAAAUUAGAGGAGCUCGAAUUGGAAUAUUGUUCUGAUAAAAGUGGAAGCGAUCCUUUUAUGGUGAGGUACUUACAAUUACGUCGACUGGAAAUUGAAACCGUCGAGCUGGAUAGAGGAAAUGGAAUUAGCAACCCUAACUCCGUUCCAGCUUUAGAAAGUGGACUAAAUAAGGUCACUAUUACCAAUAAAGGAAAGAAGACUACAAGCAGUAAAAAACAGAGCUCAAAAAUUAACGGAGCUUCUGAAAAUGUAGAGAAAAAUCCACGAAGAGUUUUGAAAAAAUCUAGCACUUCCUCGUUGCAAGAUUUUGAAAAAUACAUCGAGGAGAAAGGAGUGAGGAGUUUUAAAAAAGAAAGCAAGGAUUCGCGCAAGGAGACGGCGAAGGACAUAAAACAAGCGAAAAUAGGAAACAGCGAAAAGAGAAGUCAAUGUAAGUCUGCCAAAGGAAAACGACGUGUUCAAAGUUGCAAGAGUCGACCUGCGUCCUACUCAUCUUCGGUUACUUAUGAUAUUUUAGAACUUGCGGCAAGUUUUGACCCGCCUAGUAAAGAACGCAUGAAGUUGAAUCCUAGACCGGUUACAGCGAAAUCUGCGAAAUCUAAAGGAAUGAUACCUGGGAAAACGUGGUCGUCCCAGAGAAGGUUCUCCCUAACUGCUGGACAAAGUCUACAGAGUUUGCCAUCGGAUAUUUGUGAUUCGGUCGUCAGUAAAUCCAGGGCUUCAAGCGCGAAGAAACGUAGCAAGAGAAAUACAAAACGAUGCAGCAGUUCCAAGUUUUAAACUUUUCCCGUUUAUUUGUUUGUAGAUAUAAAUUAUUACGGAAAUUUGAAAUAUUUAUAAGUAUAUUAAAUAUGUUGAAAAGUGCUUAUAUCUCGACACUUGAACUCAAUUUCACUCGAAACCUCGAAGCGCUUUUUGAC